CGUGUGGCCGAGGAGUCAGAAACACAAAAACCAGCUGUUUGUUUGUUCGGAGAAGCAUGUUGAUUGUCUUCUCUCCUUUCUCUCUCCUCUCCCUCUCUUUCUUUCUCUCUCUUCUGUUCUUGAUUUGGUAUAAGAAGGAACCAGUGUCCUCUCUCUCAGACGAAGAAGGGAAUUUGCAGUCUCUCUCUCUCUCUCUACCUCUGCUCUGCUAAGUGUCGAUUGACUUCAUUUGAGUGGGAGCGAAGCGGUACAGAUUAUUCUAGAGAGAGAAGCAAGAAGAAGAAGAGAAGCAGAAAUGCGUGGGGGUCUGAGCCUGGAGCCGCUGGACAUGGUGGGCGUCCAGAUCCCGCACCACUUCCGGUGCCCCAUCUCCCUGGAGCUGAUGCGCGACCCGGUCACCGUCUCCACCGGCCAGACCUACGACCGCUCCAGUAUCGAGCCCUGGAUCGCCGCCGGCAACACCACCUGCCCCGUCACCCGCGCCCCGCUCCUCGACUCCGCCCUCAUCCCCAACCACACCCUCCGCCGCCUCAUCCAGUCCUGGUGCGUCGCCAACCGCCACUCCGGCGUCGAGCGCAUCCCCACCCCGAAGCAGCCCGCCGACCCCUCCCGCGUCCGCCUCCUCCUCUCCCAGUCCGCAUCAUCCUCCUCCGCCGCCCGCCUCUCCGCGCUCCGCCGCCUCCGCACCCUCGCCCGCGACUCCGACAAGAACCGCGCCCUCAUCUCCUCCCUCGACGCCCGCCCCCUCCUCCUCGACAUCCUCUUCUCCGAUCCCCGCUCCGAGUCGUCCGAGUUGGCCCACGAGUCGCUCGCCCUCCUGGCUAUGCUGCAGCUCGCCGAGCCCGAGUGCGCCUCCGUCGCCUCCGACCCGGACCGCGUCGCCUACCUCACCGGUCUCCUCUUCCACCCCUGCGUCGAGGUGAGGAUCAACGCCGCCGCGCUGAUCGAGGCCGCCGUCGCCGGCGUCCGCUCGCCGGAGCUCCGCGGCCGGGUCAGCGGCGCCGCCGGGGUCUUCGAGGGCGUCGUCGGCCUGCUGCAGGACUGCGCGGGGUGCCCCCGCGCGCUCAAGGCCGGGGCCCGGGCGGCGUUCGCGCUCUGCCUCGUGAAGCCGACGCGGCACCGGGCGGUAGCCGCCGGGGCCGGGGCGGCGCUGGUGGACCGGCUGGGGGACCUGGAGCGCGGUGACGCGGAGCGGGUGCUGGCGACGAUCGAGCUGCUCUGCCGGGUCCCCGCCGGGUGCGCGGCGCUGGCGGCGCACGCCCUGAGCGCGCCGCUGCUGGUGCGGAUGAUCCUGAAGGUGUCGGACCGGGCGACGGAGUACGCGGCGGGGGCGCUGCUGGCGCUGUGCUCGGCGUCGGAGCAGUGCCGGAGGGAGGCGGUGGCCGCCGGCGUGGUGACGCAGCUGCUGCUGCUGGUGCAGAGCGAGUGCACGGAGCGGGCGAAGAGGAAGGCCCAGCUCCUGCUGAAGCUGCUCCGGGACUCGUGGCCCGAGGAUCCGAUCGGCAACUCCGACAAUUACGCUUGCAGCGAGGUGGUCGUCCCGUUUUGACGAUGGUCCGAUACGACGUCGCAUGAUAGCUUUUGCGAUUUUUGUUGCUUCUUUUUGUUCGAUUUAUGGUAUUAUUUCUUGUUCUUGUCGAUUAGUGAAAUUUUCUAAUUGGUAGAGAGACGUGAGGAGGGAAGAAAGGAAUGGUGGAAAGGGAAUGUUUUUCUCAAUUUUAGAUUUUGGUGUAUAGAGAGAGAGAUUUGUAAUUUUUGUACGUAAUUGUGGAUGUAAGAAUUUUUGGUUGGGAAAAUAUCAAAAACACCCAUCAGAUUCA